UUAACUGUGGUGAAGAUUCAAUCAGUGUAAAGUCUAAUACCGUUAACUGUGGUGAAGAUUAAAUCAGUGUAACGUCUAAUUGCGUUAACUUUGGUGAAGAUUCAAUCAGUGUAACGUCUAAUACCGUUAACUUUGGUGAAGAUUAAAUCAGUGUAACGUCUAAUACCGUUAACUUUGGUGAUGCUCUAAUCAAGGUAACUUAAUACCGAAUGUGUUUAUUAAAUGUAUAGUCCUAUUGCACGUACGAUUUCGCCAUGUUGUUACAGCUAAUUAUAUAUGCAUGUCAAAGGACAAUCGGGGACAGCCGUGUCAACGAAAACAAAUAAAUAAUAAUACCAUAUUUAUAUAGCACUCUUUUCAUACACUAUGUACGCUCAAAGGUGCUUUACACUGCAUAUAUACCUUACAAGGGAAUGUUAUACACAUAAUACAUAGAAAAUAAAUAAAACAACAAUGGACGCCUGCGUUAUUCUUGAAGUCGUACACCACGGUACUUUUUGAUCGACAUUUUUUAAUUUUGGUAUAUACUAUAUAAAUAUAUUUUUAAACAAAAUUGUCACUGGCGAUCAGACUUGUAAUCUGGAUUAUUUCGCUCAUUGGAAAAUAUAGGCAUUGCGUUCAUUUCUGAGUAAAAAAGUACUGUCGAUAACUGAGAACAAACAAUAACUUAUAGUUCUCGCUUUUGAUUAUUAUUAGGGUAUAGAAAACACACAAUUCGUUGAAUGAUAAUCAUAUCCAACCACAAACCAUGGAAGAUCCUAUACUUUGCUAUGUUUCUUUUGUUUAUACAAGAAGAAAGACAACAUUUAAGUUCCGGAAUCUUAUACUUCAAAAGACUGAUAUCUCUUCUCUUCCUCGCAUUUUUGAACAAAAGGUCAUUGUAUAGCUUUUAGAGAUGUUUUGUUUCUCAAUAGAGCUUUAUAUGUACAUACUGAAAUGUUGUACUAAAAGAAAUAGCAUUAGCAAGAAAAAAAACCUACAAAUAAUGGCAGCUAGCUAUUGUUAUUCAACGGAUCUCGCAAAUUUGACAAUCAAACUUUCCGAAACCGAGUCCCCGUGGGAUUCAUCGGUGUGUUUUACACUUGGAGUUAUUGGAAAUAUACUGGCUUUAGCGAUGCUUAUGAAAUAUGCAGAUCAGCACAAAUGGAAAAUAUUCUACAGACUCGUAGGAGCACUGGCCAUCACAGAUCUCUUUGGUAUUCUGACUACCUCUCCAGUGGUCUUCGCCAUUUAUAAUAACAAAUUUCUGUGGGUAGGCGGUCAACCAUUAUGUGAUUAUUUUUCGUUUAUGCUUAUAUUCGCUAGUUUGGGAACUUUAACUAUUGUAACUGCCAUGUCUCUGGACAGAUUUCUGGCGUUAUGGUAUCCGUAUUUCUACAACUCGUCACAAAAGAAAAGACGUGUCCACGCCAUGCUGGUUGGGAUUUGGAUUUUUGCCGCUGUAGUUGCUUCCAUGCCUUUGAUGAAGUUCGGACGUAACAUACGUCACUUUCCAUGUACCUGGUGUUUCAUUGACUAUUUCGGAACUUCUCAAACCGACAGAAUAUUUUCCAUUUUAUAUGCUUCACUGGGAAUACUUACCAUUGUCGGCUCUUCGACUUUUAACUGCCUUGUCAUUUUUGCUGUGUCUAAGGGAGGUUGCAGUAAACACCAUGGUAGUAUAAAAAGUGUUAAAGGAAAACAGCGAGAGGAAAGAAACGAGUUUUUUAUUCUGGUCUUCUUAAUCUCCAUUAUGGUUAUGCAUUGUGUAUGCUGGAUACCUUUCAUGAUUCGCGUAUUAAUAAACACUUCAGGAGUCAGGCCAAAUUUCAAAGCGGAUCUCUUGGUAUUGAGAAUGGCAUCAUGGAACCAAAUACUCGAUCCGUGGCUGUACAUCGUACUCAGAAAAGAAAUGCUGAUCAGAAUUUAUAAUUUUUACCGGAAGAAGAGAUACGGUGUCGCUUCCGUGGCACAUAACCACAGCACUGAGAGUUCCUCAGGCAGUCUGCACGGUAAUCUACGUCUGCAUUCACUGAGUUCCACAGAGAAAAGACUCCUGAAGAAAGUGAAUUCAACAGAUUCUAGCAUCUCAAAUGCACUAGAGGAUAAGUGUCUAGAAUAAUGAACAGCGAGUCUUAUUAAAGCAAAAAUGAGAACUAAUGUAAAUUUUUGGGGCGUGUCCCUCUUUUCACCGAGACGCUGAAGCAUGUUCAACGUAUGACCGAUUUUUAAAUCGAGGUAGGCUAAUGGCAUACAAGUUGAUGCAACAGGAGUCUCAACAAUCUCGUUUAAAUAAAGUCAGCAUUUCACAAA